AAGUUCGUGGCAUCACGUGGUACGCCACACCAUGGAUCUCUGAGCUGGAUUGACGGGCGCUCUGUGGAAUGUGACAGGCAGUCGGGUGUUGAGUAUGAAUAGUUCGCAGUUGUUCCAGCCUUAGUGACGUUAGAGAGCGACAAUGAACCGUCUGCCGGAUGUUAGAACUAGGGAUAACCAGGCUCAGCAGAUUCAGGAUGCUGUGUCAAAUGUAGAAAAGCAUUUUGGUUUGUUGUGCCAACUCCUAGCAGCAUAUAUACGCAAGACAGCACGAUUGCGGGACAAAGCUGACUCACUAGUGAAAGAAAUCAGUAUUUAUGCAGAUACAGAAACACCAAACUUGAAAAGGGGUCUAAAGAGUUUUGCUGUUGAACUUGCAAACAUACAAGACUAUCGAACAGCUCAGGUUGAAAGGCUUGAAGCUAAAGUGCUAGAACCACUUAAAAGUUAUGGCACCAUUGUGAAGCUCAAAAGAGAUGAUAUCAAAGCAGCUUUAUUAGCAUGGAGUCGUGAGUCUAAACAGAUGGCACAGCUGGAGAAAACGCGACAACGAAAUCCAUCUGAUCGACACAUCAUUUCACAGGCUGAGUCUGAACUGCAGAGAGCUACAAUGGAUGCUACACGAACAAGUCAACAGUUAGAGGAAACAAUUGACAACUUUGAAAGGAGCAAAAUGAAAGAUAUCAAGAAAAUAUUCACAGAGUUUAUUACCAUUGAAAUGGCUUUUCAUGCAAAGGCUUUGGAAGUUUAUACAAAUGCUUACCAACACAUCAAGGAUAUAGAUGAAGAUGAAGAUCUUGAGGUUUUCAGGAGCUCCCUUCAUCCACCAGAGUACCUCUCUCGUUUAGGUAUAGUCCGUGCAAACUCAAAGUCUUCUUUUGAUAAAAGUGGAUCAACAAAGCCCAUGCCAGGAUCAUUUCAGCUUUCUGUUUUGCAGAACCAGCAAACACCUAAUAAUAGGAGAAAAAAUCAAUUAGAAGAUGAAGUAGAUGAUGAAGAGGAAGAUGGCGAUGAUGAUGAUGACGAUGAUGAACAUUAAUGAAUAUUUGUCUUAUUAUAUGCUGCAAUGUGGGAUUUCUUUUUUUAAUAAAUUACUGUUUUAAGUUGCCCUUAAGGUUGCUUCAGCAAGUUAAAAUGAAAUGUUUUGACACCUUUCAAUAUUUAUGAAUAAUUUCUCAGUGCCUCUUUGGUUACUGCAUGCAUCAGCAUGUUAUAGGAUCUAUUUAUUUUGACUGCUUCAUAAUACAUGAUCUGUUAAUGAGACACAUAUCUGAUGUCUUAAGCCUGGAAUUUUGUUGUCUGAUACAGGAAAAAAGAAUAAAUAUGAGCAGAAACAGUCUUUUUUUUUUUACACAUUUGCCUUCAGUAAUAACAAAAAUGUGUAGGCGAGAUUCACCUAGUAUUUCAGUCUGUAUGUUCAAUUAAAUCUGUCAUAUUUUUUUUAUCAUCAGUGGUGUCAGGAACUCUUGAAAAGCAAUUCAGUCAUAACUAGAUUUUGAUAGCUUGUACACUGUUUGGCCAAUGUAAUCUGUCAUAGUCUUUUUCUUUUGGGUAGACAAGUUAUGUUUAACUCCCAAUUGUUGCUGUACUCCUGGAUACUUUUCCAUAUUGUUUGUAUUGCUCAGAGCUAUAUCUGGCUCAUCUAGUGUCCAUUGCCAGUCCAUGAGCUGGGAGACACUCAGCUAUAAGCUGAGGAACAAAAAAAAAUGACUACAUUACUAACCAGUCUGCAUCUGCCAUUUGCACCCCAUAACACCUUGUGCCUGGGGUGGUUCCCCAUUUGCCCCACCAUAACCACAUUUCUGAUAUUGUUCCAGUGUUAUAUGCUGACCUUUUUAUUGACUUGAUAAACUAAUUUAUAUUUUUUGCACAUCAGCAGUACCAUUCAGUGGAAUAGCCUUUAAAUGUGAUGUGGUUUGACAAGAAGAAGCUUUAAAGCAGGUGCCAAGAUCUUUGCCAGGCUACAGGCAGUACCAUAUGCCUUGUUAGUUCAUAAAACAAACUUUGUGUGAAACUAGACAAGACAUAUAAGUAUUUGUAAUAUUUUUGAAAAAAAUAAAAUAUCACUGCAAAAAUAAAAUGUUAAAUCUUGAAAUUA